AAAAUUAAUAUAUACAACUGAAGUAAGAGUUGGCAGCGAAUCUUCUUGCCAUCGCGUAGUAUGAUGGGAUAGUGGAAGAUAGUUCAUUCAUGGCAGCUUCCUUCUCGGCUAGAAGUGUAGGAAUGGCACACUUUAAAUUUAUAGAUAUUGGCAUUAACUUAACUGAUCCAAUGUUUAGAGGCAUUUACAGAGGCACUCAGAAGCAUCAAGAUGAUUUUUCAGAUAUAAUUGCAAGAGCUGUCAAAACUGGCCUACAGAAGUUCAUGAUUACAGGAGGAAACUUACCUGACAGUAAAGAAGCCUUACAGCUUGCAGAGACUAAUGAUGCCUUCUAUUGCACUGUUGGCUGUCACCCUACUCGUUGUGGAGAAUUUGAAGAGAAUGGUCCUGAUGAAUACUUGAAUAAGUUAAAAAACUUGGCUAAAGACAAUAAGCAGAAAGUAGUGGCUGUUGGGGAAUGUGGUCUUGACUUUGACAGAUUGGAAUUUUGCCCUAAAGAAGUUCAACUCAAGUGA